UAAUCCGCGUUCCAUUUGGAGCUGCUAUUUGUCCGCGCAGCUCGCAGGAACCGAGAAACCUACCAGUCAAAAAUAAAAUAAAAUAAAGAAGUCUUAUUAAAACCUACCAUUCCUUACAAGAAAUCUCACGUUCUCUUGCUAAUCCGGCCCCAUUUUCUUCACAGAACACGGAUCCCGGAAAAUAUCCAAAUGGGAACUACCAUCAUUCUCCCUUUUCUAUGAACGUCUCUGUCGUGGCCUUGGUCGAUAUCGUCUAUUCUACUAGCUUCAUUGGUGGUGUUGUCCUUUACAUUCUCGCAUUCAAGUAGAGAGACGCAUCGUUUCCCUCGAUCGAUCGAGUCGGAUGGCGAGGACUGGAAACAACAAGAAUAUACAGGCCAAGCUGGAAAUUGGGGGCUGACCACCAUGCAUUGGUGAGACUUCAUUUGUUUGCCAGGUUGAGACUGUAUUUUCCUUUCCCCAAAGAGAAAGGUACUCCUUGGGGAUAUGGGAACUGGGAAAACUAGUUUAGUACUGAGAUUUGUCAAAGGCCAGUUUUUUGAUUAUCAGGAAUCAACAAUAGGAGCAGCGUUCUUCUCUCAAAUAUUAUCGCUAAAUGAGGCUACUGUGAAAUUUGAUAUAUGGGACACAGCCGGACAAGAACGAUAUCAUAGCUUAGCACCUAUGUAUUAUCGUGGGGCAGCUGCAGCUGUUGUUGUGUAUGACAUCUCAAGCAUGGAUUCAUUUAUUCGAGCUAAAAAAUGGGUUGAAGAGCUCCAUAGGCAAGGAAAUCCAAGUUUGGUGAUGGUGUUAGUAGCAAACAAGGCUGACUUGGAAGAAAAAAGAAAGGUGGAUACUAAGGAAGGCGAGCUAUAUGCUCAAGAAAAUGGAUUAUUUUUUAUCGAAACAUCUGCAAAAACAUCACAAAACGUUAACGAGCUCUUCUACGAAAUAGCAAAGCAGCUAGUAAAAGCUUGUCCUUCUCGCCCUACGGGAAUAAAUCUUCAAAAUAGAAUGCAAGAAAGUGGGAGGAGAUUCUUUUGUUGCUCGUCAUGAGUUAUUCGCAGUCUAUAGUUUUCUUUAUGUAAUUAGUUGAAAGGUGGAACUCAGGUAAAUUUCGAUGGUGCUAUCCUCUUCAAUGAUGUUGACUCAUAUAAAAAGGAAUGCUAGCGACAGAACUGAAUCCUAAGCUUUCUAUUGUAACAAGGAAACUGAUUUUCAUUUAUGAAGAAUAUGCUAGCUGCUACAUACCUGGAUUAUUCAUCUGUCUUGCAGGUUCUAAGUUUUCUAUUACAAGAAAGUAUUCUGA